AUGUUGAGCAGUAAAGAAGUGGAAGAAUUGGUAAGAAAUUCGAUCACGAAGAAAUUUGAUUCAACCGUAUCUCAGUAUGCACGCUUUUGGGAUGUGGCACCGUUAAUGAUCGAUUCACUUAUGGCCUAUAUCGUUCGAGGAGCGAAUUUACCUGUGGAGGGUGUUCAUCCCUAUAAAGCCAUACAUCUGAAUCAGCUGACAAUGAUAUUCCGAUUUCGUUGUUCAUCACAAGAGAUUGCAGAGGAAAUCUUAAAGAAAAUUAUCGAAGACGAAUAUGAAAUUGACGUAUCAUUCUAUUUUGUUGACUUUAAACAAGUGUCAAUGAAUUUAGUAUCGAUCAGCAGUGAUCAAUUGAGAAGCGUCUUGAGCAAAACAGUGGCCGAUGGUGGUAAUACUAAUGCACAGUACAUUCAUCGACAACAGACUUUUGCUUUCGUCGGCAGAUAUUUGACUAACGUCAGAAAAAUGAUUUACAUGGAAAAUGAAAAUGCCAAUAUGUCAAUGUUGACCACUAGUCUCGGAGAUCAAUUUUCGUCUUUGAUGGAGCAAGAUAAAAAUAAGAAUCACUUUUAA